UUUUCUUGCACUAUAAAGAAAGGGUUAAGGCUGUACACCCUUUUCCUUAUCACUGCUAUCUCUGCAAUCUCUUCUUUCGUUUUCUAUUCUCCACAAACAAAACAGACAGAGUGAGAAUGGCAACCCUUAAAGUGCCAGCUCAUGUUCCAGCUCCUUCUGAGGAUGCUGAGCAACUUCGUAAAGCUUUUGAAGGCUGGGGUACGAAUGAGAAAUUGAUUAUAGACAUAUUGGCUCACAGGAAUGCAGCACAGCGUAAUUCAAUUCGAAAAGCUUAUGGUGAAGCUUAUGGAGAAGAUCUCCUUACGUCUUUGGAUAAGGAACUGUCAAGUGACUUCGAGCGGGCUGUGCUACUAUUUACAUUGGACCCAGCAGAGCGUGAUGCAUUUCUGGCGAAUGAAGCUACAAAGAGGUUAACAUCAAGCAAUUGGGUUCUCAUGGAAAUAGCUUGCACUAGGUCUUCAUAUGAACUAUUCAAUGUGAGGAAGGCAUAUCAUGCUCGUUAUAAGAAAUCCCUUGAAGAAGAUGUAGCACACCACACUACUGGAGAGUAUCGCAAGCUUUUGGUCCCACUUGUUAGUGCAUUCCGAUAUGAGGGAGAGGAGGUGAACAUGACAUUGGCAAAGUCUGAGGCUAAGAUACUUCGUGAUAAGAUCUCAGACAAGCAUUACAGUGAUGAGGAGGUAAUCAGGAUUGUAACAACAAGGAGUAAGGCACAACUAAAUGCAACUCUCAAUCACUAUAAUUCUGCAUUUGGGAAUGCUAUCAACAAGGAUUUGAAGGCUGACCCCAAGGAUGAAUUUCUCAAAUUGCUGAGAGCUGUGAUUAAGUGCUUGACUGUCCCUGAGAAAUAUUUUGAGAAGGUUCUACGGCAAGCGAUCAAUAAGUUAGGAACAGAUGAAAGGGCUCUUACUAGAGUCGUCACAACUAGGGCAGAGGUAGAUAUGGUGCGAAUUAAGGAGGCAUAUCAGCGAAGAAACAGUGUCCCUCUGGAAAAGGCAGUUGCUGGAGAUACUUCUGGAGACCAUGAGAGAAUGCUUCUCGCGUUGAUUGGAGCUGGAGAUGUCUGAGCUGUUUUCUAUGUUCAGUUCUUGCUUGGAUUUCUAGUUUUCUUUUCAGCUAUAUGUUGUCUUGGAUUUCUGUCUGUCUUUAUUGUCUAAGCGUGGCUUUUGUAUUCCGCUGCUUCCAUGUAGAACUUUCAAGAUGAAGUGGUUGAGUUGGGUGUUCCUUUUUAA